UGAUGUACCUGGGAAUAAUGUGGGCUAUCUUUUCCUCUGGUCGCCUUCUCUACCUACUUACCUUCUACUCCUCUUCAUGACUCCCACACCCUUAAGCACAUAUACUGAAUACUCUUUAGAAUUUGUUCCGGUUUGCACUCUAAAAUUAGCCCGCCUUUACCAUAAUAUAUUUCGCACGUUCGCAUUUGCGACUCUAGGAAUGGUACUUCUGAAUUCGACCAUAUUGAUCCCAUUGCGUUCUACCUCUCUUUGAUCCAACAACCUUUCCAAUGCCACCAGCCAAGUCGAAAGCGAAUCACGACGACUCCAAGUCGGAAACUGCAAGCGUCAAAGAUCGAAAUGGUCAUGGUACAAACCACCACCAAUCGAACGGAAAACUUCGUCGCGUUGCUAGUUCUACUGGCACACAAUUGCGGGAUGUGACGGCUACGAACGGUGGCUCGUCAACCACAGCAGCACCAACGUCACAACCGAGCCAUGCACCAGGAUUGCACUGGCAAUCUUUCGAUCGAGAAGUACUGCACGACUACCGUCGCAAAUACCUCCUCCAAACUCCGACCGCUUUUGCCAAUCCCUACCAUCACUGGGUGCUCUCGCGACCAGGCAUCGGUCUACGCUCGCCUACCAUGGCACGAAAACAAGAAUACCGACGCCAGAGUCAAGAAGAGCUCACGAAAGUAGUCCGAAAACAUUUCAAUGCGCUUGGUGUACAAGAAAACGAUGUCAUUGUCGACUUCGUGCACAAGGUCAGAAACCCCGGUAUCGUCAAGAUCAGAAGAAACAAAAAUCUACCACACUCCUCUCCGUUGCCAUGAAAAUUAUAUACCCUCCUAAAAUCAAAUCAUUUCGGCGUCUGAAUCAUAUCGAUUUACAUUGUUACAAAUACCCUUUACAUCGCGAGACUCGACUUUUAGUCGUUGCACAUUCAUGGGCUCCCAUUUACCUUGACACAUUUUUUCUUGCAUAUAUCCUGGAGUUUUAGCGCUGGGUGGGAACUCGAUCACGGAGGAACAAAGACCGACAAUGAUUAUAAUGAAUAUGGGUCGACUUUACGAAGGUGGUCAUUGUAUCAUAGGGCCUUUCUCUAUAGGUCAAAAUCAUACAUAUUAGGGCGUGUUUCUCAUUAAAGUGUCACCUUUCCAGGUACCUACAUUUGCAUGUCUAGGCACAUCGGUAGCGUGCACGGCACUGCACGCAGCACGAUAAGCCACGGGCUCGAUAAGGUAAUUUACGUUUUACGGCCAAUUUAACCAAUUUAUUAACCAACUGAAA